AUGUCCGCUGACGAGGCCGAACGGCCGCUCUUCAAAUCACACAAACCGCUGCCCCGCAAGCGAGAUAUGGAAAAUGUCGAGACGAUUCAAAUCUACACCACAGAGGUGCUGGUUACGGCUCCAACUCUCCCUCUGACUCCACCAGGAGCGGCGACAGUCACAGACAAGGAACAAAAUGGUGUGGAACGGGAACCCCGGGCCUUGGGCCAGCAUGCCCAGCCUGUGGGGAUGCUCACACCCAUUCUUUCGCAGAGCCCGCCCACUCCGGAUAGCACUCCUCCUCGAGCGGGAUCGGGAAAGAGACCUAUGCUGGCCCAUGUCAUGUACCCCUCUGCCUCCUCGAAGGCCGAGUCGUUUCGCACAGCCAAGGAGAUGCUUUCCGACGAAGAAACGGAUCAUACCGCGACUCCCGGCCGUACCGUAACCCCGACACGACGGUCUCGACAGAACAAAGACAAUUUGGAAGAGACACCCAAGCCGGAAAAACGCGUGGACUGCAAGACAGCCCAGAUGAGCCUGCAUUCUCCUGUCCAUUCACAGCAGUCGUUGGACAAUGGCAGUCCAGAGUACACUGAAUCGCACAGACAAAGGACCCUACGUGAUCGGGUCCAGGACGGACAGGUAGCCCCGGCGACCCCUUUCGUCAAACAAUUUGGCGAACAGAUUGGCUGGCCCUCGGAGAGCGCUGGUGCGGGGGUAGAUCCGGAAGAGAGUUUGGCGGCGCGCCGAUUGUCCAACGUCUCCACGUCGUCGACUGUUGAGGUCAUGAUUAUCGAUUCGCCGCCGGCAGCCGUCCGAACACUGAGACAUUCAGAGAAGCGGUCGUCCCUGCGGUCUGCCAGCUCUCCAAUUACACGAUCCGAACGCACGUCGGCGGUGUCUUCGAUGCGCCGUCGCGAAUCCCCUCCCCGCCUGGCGCACAAGGCUCGUCGCAUUUCAAACGAAGAUCGCAAGAGUGUCAUCUCAGGGACUUCCAGCUCCGUGAAACACCCCUCCAUCGCAUCCAAUCCCCAGGUGGAUGUCAUUCCAGUGGUCGUCAUUCCAGAACGCAACUCGUCCCUGAAUUGGUCGUCCGAUGGUAGCAGAGAGCAAUCCGGCGUGACGCUCCGACUGACGCCGCCCCAGUCAAAGAAAAAGCGAACCAUGUCCGAUUCAGGCACCACCACCACCACCACCGCCGCCGCCGCCGCCACGGACAGCAGCAGAGGCCGCGGGAGGACGCGCCCUGUGAUCCCGCCACGGGGCUCCUCCCUGUCCGCCCCAACGAGCCGCAACAACUCACGAACGACCUCCCUUACUUCGGAGAGUCUCCGCAGUCAUACGCUUGCCAUGGACCGGAUACAGACUCAGUUGCACAAUCAAAUGCAGAUUCAAAUGCAGACCGAAUUGAAGCUCCCGCCCGAGGCUACCGCAGCCGAGACCAGUGCACGAGUCCACUCUAUCGUCAUCGGGUUCGACGAGACGUCAACGCACCUGCGCCCGCCCUCGAUGCCCUUCACGCAGGUCUCGAUUCAGUCCUCGUCACCUGGUCCGGUGGAGAUUAGUGAGGCCACAGCCGUCAGUCUGUUCCCUCACAACAACCGGUCGCUGCUCCUUAUCGAGCAGCGGAUGCCGUCUGACCCACGCGUGACCGUGUCGGUAAACGUGGCACCCUCACACCCACCUGUGACGCCCGAGAUGCAUUCUCAGGGCGUCCAGACGGACGCGGUCGAUUCUCCGCUGCUCAACCCGCGACCACCGCCGUCUCCGCCGAGAUCGACCAACGACCGACAGGGGGAAGACGCACCGUCUACGACCGAGCCUGGCAGAAUGGGUAGUAAUGAUACUACUGUCCGCCCGUCCCGUCGGUUCGGAUCCGUGCGACUGGCGCUGGGCGCGCACCGCCGGUCCAACUCGUCCGGCUCAUUCCCACGCACUCUGUCGAUGCGGUCGGUGAAGAACCGGACGUCCGGCAAGGAGAUGGAUAGCCGGCAGCAUCCGUUCUGGCGACCGCGCGCGUUCUGGGAAGGGAUGGCGAGUCCAGAUACGCCAGAACACGCACACUCCGAGGAUACCGAUCGAGAUCGAGAUCGAGAUCUUGUGAUUAAUAACUCGCUGGGCAUGCCGCAGCGGCGAAUGGUCUUCCAGGGUCCGACGAUCCGCAAUCUGAAACAAGGCCACGGAACCGCACAGCUUAGUAGCACCCAUGUCGACAUCAUCCGGCGAGGCUCGCCGGCUCUACAACACGGUCAGAAACACUCGCCCUCGCAUUCGCGCGGACUACACGUCUUCUCCCUGUGGAGCUUGCAGGCACGGCAUCUGCGCCGCCGUCUGCGGCUCGCCCGGCAGCAGCGCGCGGAAAGGAAACGCGAGGCGCGUAGGCAGGAAUUGAAGCAGCAGAUUGGCGAGGUGAUACCGCGCGAGAUACUUCAGUGGUGA